AUGUCCCGAGACUCGUCACGCUUCCUGCCGCUCUCGCUGCUGUAUUCGGCCUCUCCGCCUCCCUCCUUCAAGCCGUCCUGCACUCACCUGACGAUGACGCGUCUGUACGAGCCGAACACGGAUCGAGAAUACCUCAUCGAGGAUGCCAUAGAAAAGGGCCUUCCGGUGGUCUUCGACUCCAUCGGCGACUCGUUUGCGGAUGACCUGAUAGUGCGACCUCGGAGCGCGGAGAGCCGUUCGGAAAAAUACAGCUUUCUGAGAGAGAUUACCAGCGAGCAGUUGGCGACUUACACGCCAAGUCAGAUUUCCACUAUCCUAAGUCAGAGGGACAAUCUCCAUAAGGUCCUCGAAGCAGAACGUCAACCGGCGGCGCCAUACGGACCGCUGGGCAACUCAGCCCUACUUCCGCCGGGCUUUGGAUUUACCGAAUACACAAAGCCCUGGGUUGUUGGCGAAGCCGAAGAGUGUAAAUUCAAGUGCUGCCAAGUCUGUCGUCGCUCUGCUAGCCUACGAUCGUACUUGAGCCUAGAUAGUAUCGUCAAGGGAGACGUGCCCCCCACAGCCGCCGUCGGGUUUGGAUUCCAUUAUGAAGGAACCAGGCCGGUUAUACACCCAGACAGGCUGAAGAACAUCGGUUUAAGGGCUGUCCCCUGGCCAGGGGCCUUUACCCCUCCGAUAUCCUCGCGAAAUAGCUCUAAUGGAUCGGAAGAGAAGCCGCAAAUCGAAUCGACGGAGCCUCUGGAAUCCGGAGAUAACCUGCCCUGUCAGUCUAUCUUGACGGCGGCUCGCUCUACCCCUCUCCCCGUUUCUACCCCGGAAGAGGAGGUGAGUCUUUCCAACCUCAUCACCCAAAUGAUGAGGGAGGAAAUGGAGGAAGGCCGAUUUCACGGAGACCCGCUGGAGGUCGACCACGGUGUAGCUGUCCUAGAGGAGAGCGUUAAUUUGGCUGUGCCUGAUCUCAUUACCCAGGCAUAA